UCGCAAGCCAGUUGUAGCUUUUUUCUAGAAAGCAGUCGCAGUAUAGUGUCGGACGAAACAGAAGCACACAAGUCGGUCAAUGCUGUAAAUACUUUGUACUUUUUUACCGAAAACAGAAGGGGGCGACAGAGUUGUGUGAUUUGCUCUUACGAACCACCAAAACGAAAAAAAAAAACAGACACUAACAACACCAAUUGUACUACUACUAUUACCAAAACAAUCAUAUAACUUUCAAUCAGAAAUUUUAAUAUAUACAUAUAUAUAUAACAUAUAUAUAUAUGAUAUAUAUAUACGAUAUAUAUCUACACAUACAAUAUCAUAAAUACUCAACACAGCUGGAAACAUACUUAAACAGCUUUUUAAAAAAAAAACCAUUCGCUCUACAUUACAAGGAGAACGUGAUAAAACUUUUUGUGAAAAGUUUACUUAACUUGCCAAAGGAGCAACGUGAAGACUAACAGACAACAAUCUAAACAAGAUUUUGCAUUGAAUUUUUGACAGUGUUACCUAGGAGCUAAAACAUGCAUGUUGAAGUGUCUGUAGCUCUUAACUUCAUUAUUUCCUACCUUUACAACAAACUUCCCCGGCGCCGUGUGGAUAUGUUUGGUCAUGAACUUGAAAAGCGUAUGAAAACAAAAUUUAAUGGCCACUGGUAUCCUGAGCGACCCAAUAAGGGUUCAGCUUACCGAUGCAUCCGAGUUAAUGGAGAAAAAGUCGAUCCUGACAUUGAGAAGGCUGUUUAUGGAAGCGGCUUAGAGAUUGGUGAAGUCAGAAGUUAUCUACCAGCUGAUUUAACUCUUUGGAUUGAUCCGUCUGAAGUGUCAUACCGUCUUAGUGAGAAAGGCACUGUCAAAAUUUUGUAUAGUGACAAGAAAGAUGAUGAACUUCUCGAUACUGUUGAUCAUGAAGUACAGGCAGCAAACAAAGGCUUCAACCCAGAGGCUCAGUGCUUUAAGCCAAUAGAUUCUGUAUCAUCUUCAUUGAGUAGUUUAAGUCUAUCUCCGUCAUCGCCAACUUCACCUGCUGGUUGGAGUACAGCUGCUUCCCCGUCCACUACUCUCUUCAGUUCAGCUGCAAGUACUAAUAUGUCCACAGUUGGUAACCAGGCUCCUGGCUCAACAACGCUCACUGUUGUUCAUGCUCCAUCUCCUGAAGCUGUUUCUACUACAGUUGCUGCCAUAACUAAUUUGUCCAUAUCUAAUAACAACAACAACAGUAAUAAUAAUAAUAAUAACAACAGUAAUAAUAAUAAUGAUAAUAAUAACAACAACAACAACAAUACCACCAGUAACAAUGCAAACAAUUCAAGUAAUACUAACAUAUCAACUGCUGCAGCUUCAGUUUCUCCUUCUGCAACUGUCCCAUCUUGUCAGCUUUCAAGUCCUGUCAUCACCAGUGCUACUCCUGUCAUUGCCUCGAGGCCUACAUCUUUUCUAACCAAACCAAACCUGACAUCUCCACAAUUCACAGCUUCAUCAUUUGCACAGACUAAGUUUGGCUCUACCAAACUGAAGAGCCAGGUGAAACGUCCAACUAGAUUGUCUCCUAUUGAAUUUCGAAACUACUUCCGACAAAGAGCUGCUGGUUCAUCCCUCCAGUCUUCACCAGUGACCCCUACUGGUGGUAGUCUAAUUGGACCUGCUCCCCAACCAAGUGUACCUGCAGUUGGUGUUUCACCAACUUUAGCUAAUUCUGCACUUCGAGUUGGCAUGGGUUUUGGUCACCCUAGCCCAGGUUCAUCAGCCCCUGGUACAACACUGGCCACCCGCCCCAGAUCUCUCUCUCCCCGUGAUCCAAGGAUUGAAUUUUUAUUUGAGCAACACCAUCAACAACCACAACAACAGCAAGUGCAGCAUCCACAUCAUAGAUAUAUGGCAUCUGUGAAUCAAAAACCAAUAGUUGCUUCUCAGUCAACUCUGCUCUCACCGGCACCCUCCCAUGAUGUGACAGCAACUUCUCCACUACCUCACCACCAACAACUCAAUCAGACUCUCUUACAACCAGGAAAUUCUCAAACACAACCACACCAAUCAUCUCCUCAACCACCUCUGCCCUCUCCAUCAUCGACUGGUUUGACUCUUCGGGAUUUUUACCAGUCACCACUUUCAAACCCCUUUCAACUGUCUCCAGCUCAUGGCAGCUUGCCCUUCACUGAUUUUAUGCCCAACACUUUAAGUCCUAGCAACCCUUUACUCCCGGACAGUCGUAAGUCUUUCAUAGAAGCCCUGAGCAACAUAGGCAAUCCUGCAUAUAACAACCAAUUCCAUCAUUUACUUGUUGCCAACUAAAAACUUUAAAUAUUUCUUUUUUAAAUUUUUAACUGCUGAAAAUAUUCUUUGUAUUUCUUCUCUGUAAUAAUUAUUUUAUUUACCAUUAAAAUAUCUUUAAAUUAUUCCUCCUACAUCUUGUACAAAUUAGUUUACUGUUCUUUUUUUUUUUUUUUUUACUAGUGAGCAUUGAGCAUGUAUUUAUGCAUGCGAUAGAAUAGGGUUUACAAAUGUU